CACUCCCCUGCAAACCAACCCAGAAGUUCAACCCACUAUCACCAUGGUCAGCUCUUGUUGUGGCUCCACCUGUUGUGGCCAAAGCUGUGGCUCUGGCUGUUGUGGCUCUAGCUGUUGCCAGCAUUGCUGCUGCCCCUGCUGCUGCAUUUCUAGCUGCUGCCAGCCCUGCUGCUGCCGCCCCAGCUGCUGUUCUAGCUACUGCCGUCCCUGUUGUUGCCAGCCCUGCUGCUGCCGCCCCUGCUGCUGCCGCCCCUGCUGCUGUACUUCUAGCUGCUGCCAACCCUGCUGCCGCCCCUGCUGCUGCCAGCCCUGUUGCCGCCCCUGCUGCUGCCGUCCCUGCUGCUACACAACUUGCUGUAGAACCAACUGCUGCCUCCCAGCCUGCUGUGGCUCUUGCUGCUGAGCUCUACUGAAUUCUCACACCUGUCUGCUAAGGCCCACCAUUCACAUGCCGUCACAGUCAGGCAGAAGAUCUUUUCUUUCUCUGCUGAAGUACAGGAAGACAUUGUUCACAACAAACAGUAACAAAUUCAUUCGCAUGAGACCCAUUUUGAAUUGAUCACCAGCAACUCAACAUCCAACUAUCAUUUUUUGUUACCUUUAUUCUCUUAUGUGGACACCGAGUUUUUAUUUAAUCUGAAUCCAUGAAAUAAAACUGCACAACAUUCCCCCACACUUUCUCUGUCUUUCUUCCUGACCUUCCAUCACCACGUUUUGCCCUUUGAGAACAACAAUAUUGAUCAUGGGUUUAGUUCACAUUGAGAUAUUAACCAUGAGGUUGCAAUGAUAUCUCUUUCGUAAUUUUCCAUCACAUGGAUUUCUCUUUGUCUUGGCGUUCCUUCAAUUCCAAAUAAAACUUCCUGGCAAUUAAAUUAAUCCACCGGCUUGAUGAAUUCUUUCUCUUUUUGUCUUCUUUGUCAAAGCUAGAGCCAUUCAGAAAAUCACAGAACUGCAUAUUUUCUCUUUAGUUUAACCCAUGACCCAACAGAAUACUUUCACAAGCUUUGCAGGUGCUCCAUUGUCUUCUGCAUACUACAUGGU